UCAAGUUUGUACUUCCUGUGUAGGAAGGGGGUACACAUUUGAAUGAUUCAUGGCCUGAAAAGUAGACUUAUCGCACAUAUUUAACGAUAUAUUGUUAAAUAGCAUCGUGCGAAUAUUAUUCUUCAUAAUGAAUUACAUGCCAGGGACAGCUAGCCUCAUUGAGGAUAUUGACAAGAAACAUCUUGUUCUCCUCCGAGAUGGAAGGACGCUAAUCGGAUUUCUAAGAAGUAUCGACCAGUUUGCUAAUUUAGUUUUACAUCAAACUGUGGAGCGCAUACAUGUUGGGAAAAAGUAUGGAGACAUUCCAAGAGGCAUCUUCAUUGUUAGAGGGGAAAAUGUUGUUCUGCUUGGGGAAAUUGACCUGGAGAAGGAGCAUGACACUGUCCUGCAGCAGGUGUCCAUUGAGGAAAUUCUGGAGGAGCAGAGGUUACAACAGCAAGCUAAGCAGGAGAUGGAGAAGGCCAAGACGCAGGCCCUAAAACUGAGAGGACUGUCCAUCCCCCGAGUUGACAUGCUAGAUGAAUACUGAGAAUCUCUGCUGUAGGGUUUUCAGUUUUAAAAUUGGACUGAAUCGCAACCUGCAAAUGAAACCUCUGGGGGGGGGGAUAAGAAGACCACAUGAACAAAUUGGACAUUUGAUGAAAACGAGAUCUGGCAUUGAUGUUUGGACAGUGGUUAUUCACAUCUGUUUUAUAUGCUACUUCAGGUGAAGGCAACCUUUGCAGAAGUUUUUUUUAAUUUUAUUUUCCUUUUGAGAAGCAAUCAAAAUCAAGCCUUUAAAAUCAGAAAAUGAAUUAAGUGUGGCUUGUGUAAAUUGUUGCUGAUGUUAAAAGUUAUCCUGCAGAUGAGAACACAUAAUACUAUCAAAAGUAGGGUAGGGACACACAGGUUGUAUUAAAGAUGUUAUGCACCUCUGGGAAAUAGUAUACUUAUGAUAUUUAAUGCAACCACAACAAAUACAUAUUACAGUCAUCUGAGUUUUGGUUGCAAACAGUUCUGGCUUAACUAGUGCUGUUCCUGCUUAAUUUAUCAUAGACUGUGCUGAUGCACAUGUAACAUCAAGAACUUACAUUGAAAGGAACAGAAUGUGUGGUUUGAGGUCUAAGCAUUGGCCCUGACUUGAUCUGAAUGAGAAGGUAUAUUACAGUUGGUUCAGAGCUCUACUUCUAUUGAUGGUGUAUUGUUUUUUAAACAAAAAGUCAGGAUUGCAAGUGAUUCUGGAUGAUGGUCUGAUAACUGCAUGGCGCUUGGUGCUCAUCUUAAGUGUGAAGCACUUCCGUAUUUAUGCUGAAAUAUGCAUACACCCAGUCCGAAUGCUAUACAAGAGCAUUCAUCAUCUGCCUUUUUCACUCUGUCACUGAGUGCCGAUUGUAGUUACUGCAUUGUUGUGGCAGUCAAGGUCCAGCCUGAUUAUGGCUAAAAGUGCCACAGAGAUGUUUGUUCAGUAACGCUUUAUAUUAACUGCACCUUCAUAAUGCCUUUAUAUCGCAUUCAUAAAAUGUUUGGUCCACCUUCAUAAUGUAUUCAUUAAGUAUUCAUAAAAGAUUCAUAAACAUCAUGCAUGUAUACCUUAACUUCCGAACAUCCCUUAACAGCUGUAAUAUACAUUAAUAGGAAACAUUACAUGAUUAUACAAUUAUAAUGUUUGUUAUUAUGUAAUGUUUCCUAUUAAUGAAUAUUACAGCUGUUAAGGGACGUUAGGAUGUUAAGGUGUACUUGCAUGAUGCUUAUGAAUGUUCUAUGAAUGCAUUAUGAAUGUGCACUGAAUGUUCUAUGAAUGCAUUAUGAAGGUGCACUGAAUGUUCUAUGAAUGCAUAACAUGCAUUAUGAAGGUGCACUUAAUGUAAAGCGUUACCAUUUGUUCUUUUUGCUGCUUUGACAAUAAUUCAUUGGCUUUCCCCUACUACACGAGUCCUAUUUCAUUAUUUGAACGUGUAGAACAUAUGAUGCUGAACAUUAUUCAUUUCCAAGAACUUUCUUGUUUCGUUGGAACAGUGGCUUAAAAUUCGGUCGGAAAUGUAGAAGAAUGUUGCUAUGAUUGCAGAUAUAUGAAAUGUAUUAAAAACUGUGUUACUUGGUUUCUGCCAACAGGGGGCGCCUAAAUUCACAGUUCAGUAUUUUCCAUCAUCAUAAGUUCCAGGGUAAAGGGGUUCUGGUUAAAUGAUGUCAGCUGAAGCUCCUUACUAUUACAUUAAAUUUUAAAAUUUCAUCUCCCUUUA